AUGGGUCUGUUCGACAAGCUCAAGCACAAGAAGCACGAACCGGUCGAGGCAGCUCCUGCCCCUGCUGCUCACAUUGCAUCUGCACCCGCUGCUGAUGCUGAGACUGGUGCUGGUGCCGUUGAGAAGGAUACGCCACGAUUCGACUCGUCCAAAGUGACGGUCGUCUUUGUGCUUGGCGGACCCGGUGCUGGCAAAGGCACCCAGUGUGCUCGUCUCGUACAAGAUUACGGCUUUGUUCACCUUAGCGCCGGUGAUCUGCUGCGUGCCGAACAGCAACGUCCAGGCUCCCAGUACGGUGCCAUGAUCGCCGACUACAUCAAGGAAGGCAAGAUCGUGCCCAUGGAAGUAACCGUCGCUCUGCUUUCCAACGCGAUCGCGGAAGCUCUCUCCAAGCAAGCCACUACCGAAGCCGAUCACUCGAUCCCUGAAGAGCACAAACUCAAAUGGAGCGAUGGCAAGGGUCGCUUCCUUGUCGACGGCUUCCCACGCAAGAUGGACCAGGCGAUCAAAUUUGACGAAUCAGUAUGCGAGUCCAAGUUUGUGCUGUUCCUGCAGUGCAGUGAAGAAGUGAUGCUCGAGAGAUUGCUCGAGCGUGGAAAGACCAGCGGUCGCGCCGAUGACAACAUCGAGUCGAUCAAGAAGCGUUUCCAGACCUUUGUAGAGACCUCGAUGCCUGUGGUCGACUACUACCGAAAACAGGACCGCGUGGUAGAGGUCGACUCGAUCAAGACGGUGGAUCAGGUCUAUGCCGAGAUCAAGGAGGCUAUGGAUCGCACCUUUGCCAAGCUUGAGCAGUAG